ACGGGUAUUCCAAAUCUUAUGAGGCUUGACCAGCACCAUAUAUCGUGGGGAGGUGGCACCCUCGAGGACGGUAAGACUCGUGUGAUCGCAAUCGAGCGAGACCUUGCGUUGACCGUGCAGGAGACGCCCUCGGAGACGAGUAUGUAUGUGAGGCAUGCACAUGCGCCUGGAGGCGCGAAGCUUACAUGAGUCUGAGUUCCGCGCAACCUUACUCCCGGACAUUUCACAUCAUCCGGACACGACCACCGAAAGGGAGCGCAUUCUGCAAGGCGCUUCUUUCUCUCACCCCUGCUCUCUCUUUUUUUGGGCAUCAGCACACUGUCUCGAGGCAUAUUCACAUUUCAACCGGCCCGCUGGCACCCCGCACAGUGGCACACACGCACUCCAACUCACACGCACUCUCAUAUACGUAUCUCAUAGUCCCACACGCAUGACCGCGCAAACCGAGAGCUCAUUGGAGGUUCAACUCCCUCUGCCACGAUGGACCAUCGAGGGCCUGGGCGAUCCUCCGCGCGUCGGGUUUUCAUACUCGAAGCAUUGCGUCUCAGCACCUCGCAAACAAGCGUGGCACGAGUUAGCUGGGGAGUGUCGCUGGGUACCGCAAAAACACCCACUCGGAGCCCGCGAUGGUUGGUUUUACCGCUUCAGUGCAUCGGUCGUAGAAGUCUUCCGGAAAGAAAACGGGCCCUUGGAUAAACUACACGUCCUGGAUGUUCUGGGCCUGCCCCGCUUCGAUGAGUGGGGUGGGGAAAUUCGUGUGACAGCCAAGUUCACCGCGGCCGCCGCGGGCAUAAUAGAAGGCCGUCCAACACUCGUCCUUUGCAUACACGAUUCGGCAACGGACACGACCUCGGUGUAUCUGAACGAGAUUUUUGGACGAAGAUGGCAAAAGCUGGAUUGCGGAAUCAAGCAGCCCGUCAAAUUUGUCGAGAUUACCCAAUCUUGGGAAAGUCAGCAGCUAUCCCCAUUCAUGGUCUUUGCGACCAAUGAGGAGCUCUUUGCCAUUUCCGUGAGCGACCCACAGCGCGACGAAGCAGUAGAUGAAGUUAGUCCCACGUUUCGCGUCGUUGCCCCAUUGCCGAGGGCCCGAAGCGUAGGCGAUAUUACGAGCCUGGGGACUCACUGUGAUCAAAAUGACAGCCGUUUAAUAGUUUUCACGGGAAGCAUCAUGGGGAGGGUAGAUGUGUGGCGGGUAAACAGCGGAAACAAGCCCAGGAUCGAAAAGCUAUCGAAUUUCAUGGUGGGGGAGAGGCACAUGCCGGUCGUAGAAAUGCUCUUGCGUGACGACGGGCAAAGGGGCGGUCCAGGGACACUAUUUGUGUCCCAGUCGGUUACCAAAGGCCGAGGCUCAGGCGAUGUCGCCAAACCGUCUAUAUCCGUGUUGCCGCUGGACGCAUACUAUGCAAAGAAGGACAGCCAUGCUACCAUAUUUCCGAUCGGGGAAGAUCUGGGUGCUGUUGUUGGCAUGAACGUUGUUGCAUCGCCUUACGGUGCGCGCAUAUUUAGCGUCGUAAACAUGUACCUGGGCGUACGGAAAACGACUGUUCUGGCAGUCACGGAUCUUAGCAGCAAUGGGAGGAUCAAGAAAACCACCCACCGGCCAAUUUUUAACUCGUCAAGCAAGCAGGUGGACAUCGAACCAAAAGGUGUCACUGCUUGCACUGUCCUGACCGCCGGCCGAAAGAUCCAUUUCUUCUUCCCUCCCGCGGAGCCGAAACCGGUAGAACCGAAACGACUCGUAAACCUUGCCGACAAGUUCGUGUCGGGCUCUGGGUCUUUCCUAUACAAGCCAGAGAAGCGAGAUAGCAUAGCGAAGACGCGAGCUAUGUUUGACAAUGAUCUCUUCGCGGAUAUUCUGCAGUAUCGCGUCGCUCCCGACGCGCCGGAAUUCCCGCCUCAAAACUUGCAAGAGCUCUGCGACCUUUUAAAGCACAUUGAUGCAUGCGACGCAGAUCCGCGGCACAAAAAUCGCUUUGUGCUCUAUCUAUUGAAAGAUCUGAAAAAUGGAGAGGAUAGGGCAUUUGCAAACGAGCGAGGAAUGGACGCUCAGGAUCGUAAUGAGAUCCAAGCAUUCUGGGCUUUAGAUCAUGGAAAUUUCAAGGAGGCUACUGAGUUGCUUUGUGAGCCAGGCGCCUUUAGAAGUGGAAAACUAGCUAUAGAAACCCAGUACUCUGAGAAGAUUGUCAAAGUGCUGGUACUCCAUGGCGAAAUUCGAUAUGCGAAACGCUAUGUCGCGAUCAGCCGUCCAGAGCUGUCUUCGGACGAAGGGGCACAACUGGACAUGAUAUUGAAAAUCACUACGGACUUGUUUGAGGCUAUUCAAGUCCAGCGGCCCUACUCUGGGACUCCUCUUGGCGAUCGACUGUGGCAUAUGCUGAUGGAAGCGACCUUCAAAUACAUCGAAAAGAUUUAUGGAGGAACUGCCCAUGAUGCCUUUGAAUGAUUCACAGCAGCAGUCCUUAGCUGAUUGGUGCAAAAAUGACGGUUCUAUACAGUGCCUCACCUUCAUCGCCUUGUACUCAAUCGACCGCUGCCAAUUCUUGGAUGCUGUGAUAUUUCUGGAGAUGCUUCAAGC